GAAAUCUCAGACAGAGCAGAGCAGAUAAAGAUAAAGCAAACAGAAAACUAAAAAAUCUCACAUUUUACUCGGUGUGCAGUGAUUAUUUUUGAUUUUCCGAUCCAAUUUUAUAUUAAAAAGCUAUUGUUUGUAAUCUAUUUGUUACAUUUAUUUGUUAUAGUCUGUUAAGUGUAUUACCUAUUCCGUCGUGUCGAAAUAGGCGCCGGUAAAGUGAAAAUUUUCGACGAAAAUUUCUUCAUCCAUCAUCGGAUUCAACAAAAGUUACUUCGAGAAAGUGAGAAGAAAAGGUUUUGGCUUAUCGCGAUUUACCAUUAAGUGAAAUACGAAAUGAGUUUUUUGUUCCGAUCCAGUAAAACCUUUAAGCCUAAAAAGAACAUACCGGAAGGUACCCAUCAGUAUGAUCUCAUGAAACAUGCAGCUGCUACGCUUGGAUCUGGUAAUCUUCGAAAUGCUGUGCAGCUUCCCGAUGGGGAAGAUCUCAACGAAUGGGUUGCAGUAAACACUGUGGAUUUUUUUAAUCAAAUAAACAUGCUGUAUGGCACAAUAACGGAGUUUUGCACCGAGGAUUCCUGCAGCAUCAUGUCAGCCGGUCCCAAGUACGAGUACCAUUGGGCGGAUGGUCAAACGGUCAAGAAACCUAUCAAAUGCAGUGCCCCCAAGUACAUUGAUUACCUCAUGACCUGGGUACAAGAUCAGUUGGAUGACGAGACGCUGUUCCCAUCAAAAAUUGGAGUUCCUUUCCCGAAAAACUUUAUCCAGAUAGCGAAAACCAUACUCAAGCGACUGUUUCGAGUAUACGCCCACAUAUAUCAUCAACAUUUCUCCGAAGUCGUCAGGCUAAGCGAGGAAGCACAUCUGAACACCUCAUUCAAACACUUUAUAUAUUUUGUCCAGGAGUUCAAUUUAAUUGACCGACGAGAAUUGGCCCCUUUGCAGGAUCUGAUUGACAAACUUAUUACUAAAGAUGGUCGAUAAAUUGCCAGAAGGAAGCGGAAACUGAAGCAAGCGAAAAACAUGAACAACUAAACCGUAUUUCAAUAGUAAUAACAAGCAAAAGCAUUACUCGAAUGUUGUGAUUCUUAUGAUCACCAACAGCACUCUCCCUGCCUUCAUACCAAUUCUUGUUUAUCAUUUACAUAGCAAUUCCCAAGCGUUCCGCGUUUUGUUCAUGUACCGUUCUCUAAAAACCUCGUCCACUAUUUCAAUUUUAUUUUAGUUAUUUAAUGUGUUAUUUUUAAACUACGCAAACUGUAGAAUAAAUGUUAUUUUUGUGAAUAAAAACAAGGGAAACAAGAACUCAUCCAUAAUUAAUAUAUUUGUAUAUAUUCAUUUUGGAAUCAAACUCAAAAUCUGGCGAUUCAUUUUGAAAUGUAAGCACAUACGCCCUUAGGCACAAUACAUCUUACUAAGUUAUUUUAUUUCAUCAUGUUUACUUUUUGUGUCGCAGUAAUCUCAACUUAUCAAUUAUUGCGAUUGCUACGUUCAAAGCCGAAGAAAACGAAAACGAACGCAAUCAUAUGAUCGUAUUUCCUAUAGGGACAGGUAAACUGUUUUAUGGCUUAUUGAAGUUUCCAUUGGCGAAUAGCUUUUAUGUUCAAGCAGUCUCCUUUAUUGCUUGCGAGACCUACCAGUUAUUCUAAAUGCUUCUUGUAAUGGCUGAGAUGAGAUCAGAGGCAUUAUUAAAACUGAUAAGAGCUGCAUAAUAUCUAUAUACAACAAUAAUGUGUAAUGGUCAAAUUGCGUAAUUUGAUAUACGACGACUGAUAAAAUAUGAAAUGGAAAUAUAAAUUUGUAUGAAAUAAA